AUGAGCGCCCAAGAUCAGAAGCCCGUCACCGCUGGCCAGCAGCACAGCAGCGGCCCUGUCGACGCCGCCGACCUCGACGCCUGGAAGAACCGCUUCAACGACGUCCUCGCGCGCCCGAGCGAGCACAUCAACUCCAAGUCCCCUGAGGGCUCCGGCAGCUGGUUCGCCGGCUUCUUCGACUGCUUCAACCCCAUCGACACCUGCCUCAUCACCUACUGCCUGCCCUGCGUCACCUUUGGCAAGACGCACCACCGCAUCCACAAGAAUGGCGACAUGACGGGCUACGAGCCCAUCAACACUACCUGCCUGCUCUUCUGCGGCUCGGGCUGCUUCGGCCUGCACUGGAUCCCCAUGUCCAUGCAGCGCCAGAACAUCCGCGAAAAGUACAACCUCGAGGGCAGCUGCCUCGUCGACAUUGCGCUCUCGUGCUGCUGCUGGUGCUGCACGCUCGUCCAGGCCGACAAGGAGGCUGAGCACCGCGAGGGCCUCCUGUCCAACAACGCCGGUGUCCAGCAGCAGUACCAGUCCAACACCGAGAUGCAGUACCCCGGCAAAUAA